GUUCGGCGGAAUGCCUCACUAGUAGGGCUCCACUCCAGUCCAACCCCCGCUUCCCUCCCCCCCCCCCCCACCCCCACGCCGCCGCCGCCGCUCCUCCCCACCGAGCGAACCCCCUCCCGCCGCCGACGAGGACGAGAUGAAGGGGGCAAUGCCGCCGCGGCCGUACAUGGUGCCGGGCCCGGGGGGCCCGAUGGGCCUCCACCCGUCCGCCGCGGCGGCCGCGGCGGCCUCCGGCGCGGGCAAGAUCGCCUCCACCUACGACCUCGUGGAGCCGAUGCGGUUCCUCUACGUGAACGUCGUCAAGGCGCGGGACCUCCCCGUGACCGCCACGGGCGCCAUCGACCCCUUCGUCGAGGUCAAGCUCGGCAACUUCAAGGGCACCACGCCCGUCAAGGCCGCCAGCCACAGCCCGGCCUGGCAGCAGGUCUUCGCCUUCUCCGCGUCGCACCUCCAGGCGCAUGUGCUCGAGGUCGCCGUCAAGGCUAAGGAUCUCGGCGGCGACGACCUCGUCGGCCGCGUCGGCUUCGACCUCGCCGAGGUCCCGGUCCGGGUGCCCCCGGACUCGCCGCUCGCGCCGCAGUGGUACCGCCUCGAGACCAAGCGCGGGGAGAAGCUUCCCCACGGCGAGAUCAUGCUCUCCGUCUGGCUCGGGACCCAGGCCGACGAGUCGUUCCCGGACGCCUGGCACUCCGACGCGCACGCCGCCGCGGGCCCGGCCGCCGUCGCGUCCACGCGCGCCAAGGUAUACUUCUCGCCCAGGCUCGUGUACCUCCGGGUCGCCGCCAUGGGGGCGCAGGACCUCAUCCCGCACGACACCUCGCGCCCCAUGAGCGCCUGCGUCAAGCUGCAGCUCGCCGGCCAGGUGCGCCGCACGCGCCCAGGGGCGCCGCCGGGGGCGCCCAACCCGAUUUGGAACGAGGAGUUCAUGUUCGUCGUCUCCGAGCCCUUCGACGAGCCGCUCGUCGUCACCGUCGAGGACCGCGUCGCGCCGGGUCGCGACGAGAUGCUCGGCCGCAUUGUCCUGCCCCUCCAAGCAGCAAUGCCGCGGCACGACCAUUUUGGCAAGCCCGUGGAGCCACGCUGGUACAACCUCAUGCGCCCCAGCGAUGAUCCUGAGAAGAAGGAAAUGAAGUUCGCGAGCAAGAUACAGAUCCGGAUGUCGCUUGAUUUUGGGUACCACGUCCUUGACGAGUCCACUUACUACAGUAGCGAUCUCCAGCCAUCGUCAAAGCCAGCAAGGAAACCAAGCAUUGGGAUGCUUGAGCUGGGGGUUCUGGGUGCCCGGAACCUCAUACCAAUGAAGCCCAAGGAUGGACGCACCACGGAUGCCUAUUGUGUGGCCAAAUAUGGACCAAAGUGGGUGCGCACAAGGACCAUUCUUGACACGCUGAAUCCACAAUGGAAUGAGCAGUAUACAUGGGAGGUGUUCGAUCCUUGCACCGUGAUCACAGUGGUGGUGUUCGACAAUGGCCAAAUUGGGAGCAAGAAUGGUGGUGGCCCAGAUCAGCGGAUUGGAAAGGUCAGGAUCCGGCUGUCAACACUGGAGACUGACAGGGUGUACACACAUUUCUACCCUUUGCUGGUUUUACAUCCAAGUGGACUCAAGAAGACCGGUGAGCUGCAUUUGGCUGUGCGGUUUACCUGCAUGGCUUGGGUGAACAUGAUGGCGCUGUAUGGUCGUCCACUGCUACCGAAAAUGCACUACACACAGCCGAUCCCAGUGAUGCAAUUGGACUACCUGAGGCACCAGGCAAUGCAGAUUGUUGCAGCAAGGCUUAGUCGUGCUGAGCCCCCACUACGCAGGGAAGUUGUUGAAUACAUGCUCGAUGUGGACUCGCACAUGUUUAGUCUCCGACGCAGCAAGGCUAAUUUUUAUCGUAUUACCUCACUGUUCUAUGGUUUUCUGGCAAUGCUCAAGUGGUAUGAAGGCAUCAGGAGCUGGCGGAACCCAAUUACGACAAUGCUAGUGCACAUGCUGUUCCUGAUACUGAUCUGCUACCCGGAGCUCAUCCUGCCCACCUUCUUCCUCUACAUGUUCAUGAUUGGGCUGUGGAACUAUCGUUACAGGCCAAGGCACCCGUCACACAUGGAUACCAAGCUAUCCCAUGCUGAGAUGACACACCCUGAUGAGCUUGAUGAGGAGUUUGACACAUUCCCCACAUCCAGACCAGCUGACAUUGUAAGAAUGCGCUACGACAGGCUGAGGAGCGUCGGAGGUCGUGUGCAGACAGUUGUCGGGGACCUGGCGACACAAGGUGAGAGAGCACACGCCCUGCUGAGUUGGAGGGACCCUCGGGCCACCGCAAUCUUCAUAUUCUUGUCCCUGGUGGUCGCCAUUGUGCUCUAUGUGACGCCAUUCCAGGUUUUGAUGGUGAUCACCAUGCUUUACCUGCUGCGACAUCCCCGGUUCCGCAGCAGGAUGCCCUCCGUGCCUUUCAACUUCUACAGGAGACUGCCUGCCAAGUCCGAUAUGCUCCUUUGAGCUCACAGCAUUCAGCGUACGAGAAAUGGGUGAAAGUUGUAACUUAUUUAUGUCUGGGUGAAAGUUGUAACUUAUUUAUGUCUGUUCCACUCGGUUCCUUCUGAUUAGCAUCAGGUCUGAUGUGAAUAUGCCUGAUGAGUUCGUAUAUUAGAGGCCAAUAGUGGCCCAGGAAUAAGGUGUUGGUUUAAUGGUUUAUUUCCUUGGUUAUGCCAAAGAAAGGGAACAACUGAUCCCUUUUGAGUUUUGGGACAGUGAGAAGAGGUUUUUGGGUGCUAAAAUGUAAUAUUAGCUUCAGGUUACUAGCGUAGAACUAAAGGCAGGAACAAUAUUGUCCCCAGUGUAUUUUGUUUGCAUUUGUGUCAGUUUUUGUUUGUGUUUCA